UUGGAAAAACUGUUUAUUGUGAAAGUGAAGAACAGAAGAAGAGAGGGUUAUCCUAUACAACAUUUGAGAGUGAGAGCCAGGAGAGGACAAUGGAGAGUGAAAGCAUAGAUUGUGAGAGAGUGAGUGAACGUCAACUUAACAUUCAUGCAGCACUAACUUCAAUCAUGCAAAAGAUAACCCAAAUGCAAAAGAUACUCCACAAGCACAAAUGGGUCACAAUACAGAUAUUAUCGCUGCUCACCAUUGAAAGCAAUGAGGGGGAGAUUGAUGGAAAU